CCGCCGUCGGUCCCCAUCCUCCCCGCGGACGUCUGCUCCCCGGCGGCGGCUGCUUGAUUCGGUCUGGGUCGUCUUCCAGACUUUGUCCCCGGCAUGUGUAGCUCUUAACAAUACGGAGAUGCUCAAGCUCCUUGGAACCCCGCUGCCCUCACUACCAGGAACUAUUUCGCCUGUUGACGAGCCAGAAGCUUCUAGAUGGUGAACCAGCCUCAGUGCGAGAGCCUUUUGGGACAGCCCCAUCCAGGAAGAAGCUCUGUGAUGUCUGGAUCGUGAGUCUGCUCAAGCAAGUCAGACCCUUUACGAGGAAUAACUAGACGUGAGGACGAGGAUGGACGAGUUGGCAGCCGUAGAAGGUGAGGGCCAGCUCCCAAGCCCCCACCACCAGGGCUCUUUGAGGAGGGCUGUGGCUGCUGCCUUAGCCCUGGGUGGGGAAUCCACGCUGGGUCGCCAGAAAAAGAAGAGGAAAGAGUCCCGCCCUGAAUCUAUCAUCAUUUACCGGUCAGAAAAUGAGAAACUGGAUGAGGAGCCCGGGGAAUCAGAAGGUGGAGACAGGCCCAAAGAAGAGGAGGGAGAUGAUUUCCUAGACUAUCCUGCAGAUGAUGGGAUGUGGAACAUGCCUUUGGACAGCCGCUAUGUCACAUUAACUGGGACCAUCACACGAGGGAAGAAAAAGGGCCAGAUGGUGGACAUCCAUGUCACACUGACGGAGAAGGAGCUGCAAGAACUGACCAAGCCCAAAGGGUCAUCAAGGGAGAUAACACCCGAAGACAGAAAGGCCUGCCAAAUGGGAGCAGACCGUGGGCCUCAUGUGGUCCUCUGGACGCUGGUCUGUCUGCCUGUGGUCUUUACCCUCUCUUUUGUCGUCUCCUUCUACUACGGCACUAUCACCUGGUACAACGUCUUCCUUGUGUACAACGAGGAGAGGACCUUCUGGCACAAGAUCUCAUGUUGCCCCUGCCUCAUUCUCUUCUACCCAGUGCUCAUCAUGGCCAUGGCCUCUUCCCUGGGCCUCUAUGCUGCUGUGGUCCAGCUCUCAUGGUCCUGGGGAGCAUGGUGGCAAGCUGCUCGGGACAUGGAGAAAGGCUUCUGUGGCUGGCUCUGCAGCAAGCUAGGUCUGGAGGACUGUUCUCCCUACAGCAUUGUAGAGUUGCUUGAAUCUGACGAUAUCUCAGGCAAUCUCUCCAACAAGGACCCCACCCAGGAAGUAGAAACUUCCACUGUCUAAACUUCCAACAACUUAUGGCCUUCUCUGGACCCAGUAGCCUAUAUAUCAUCUCCCAAUUCCAGAAGAUUCUAUCUUAGAAAUUAAACCCCUACCCCUCUCAGUUCUGGAAAAUUCUAGCCCACACUGUUCUGUUCUACCAUCUUGGCGGUUCCAGGAGGGCAGGGGACAGAAAAGCAAUUUGUGCCAAAACAGUCUAUCCACAGAUGAAUUCUUCUCAUUCCCUGUCCUAAAAUGACCAUUUAUCUGGGACAGGGAGCUCAGUUGUGUGUAAGUUCAGGAGUUUGAAGAUGUUACUGGUGCCUGGAACCCAGGGAAGUAUGUAACUAAAUGGGACAGGGAGGAAAAGGAGGCUGCAGGGAGACCAAGUUCCCCAAAAACAUAAUGAGGAGGAUGGAGAGAAACACUUAGGAAGCAGGGCUACCAUAGUGUAGCAGAAUGUAAAGAUUUGUUUGUAUCAUUUAGAUUUUGGUUUGGUGGCAUAUAAUUCAAAUCCUAAAAUAUCCAGGUUUAAACAAGACAGAAGGUUUUUCUUUCUUGUCCAGAAGUCUGGAGGCAGACCAUCAGGGGACCUGAUGAAGUCAUCCAAACCCCAGGCUUUAUUCCCCUACCAUUAGUAGGAUAUAGCUCUCUUUGUCCUUAUCCUCAGCACCUCAUCUCCAGGCAUCACAUCCAUGGUUCUUGCAGAACAGAGGAAGGGGCAAAGAAGUGCACAUCUUCCCUGUUAAAGGAGACUUCCCAGAAGUCUCACUCAACACUUCCUGGAUUUCAUUGACUAGGCCUUAGUCACAUGACCUCACAGGCAAAAAGAGACUGGGACAUGUAGUCUUUUGGUUAGGCAGCUAUAUUCUAGGUUAAAUAUUUGGGUUCUGCUAACUGAAGCAAAAAGAGAAACAUGGCUGUUUUGGUAGGCAUAAGAGAAUCUCUGCCUCAUGGUAAUUAUUUAAAUAUAUUCAGAUCCCAAACUGCUAGUAUAGUUUUAUUUAUUUAUUUAUUUAUUUAUUUAUUUAUUUAUUUAGGACUGAAUGUUACACAGAGAAUUUAUACAUAGAUACUAGUUACAUAUACUAUGUAUAUGCUAUAAAUAGAUAUUAGCAGCUCAUGUACUUUGCAAUUAGUCUGUAAUGUCAUGUGGUUUCAGGGUUUUUAGAAAGGAAGAGUGAAGAGUUGAAUACAAUUAGUAGCAUAACUUUUUUCCUGGUAGUGAAGGCAGGACCGGGUAGUGAUAUUUAAUUUAACCUGCAUAUUAGAUAAAUGGAGUGACAUAUUUUGGGACUCUUAAAUUUUUUAAGAGGGAUUGCAGAUGUCCCCCAACAGGGAUCAGUAGCCCUAAGCACGUAGAAGACAGCAUUAGCUUUCUGUGGUUUGGCAAGACCUCACAGCCUCACUCGCUCCGACCUUACUGGAGUUUAAGGAACAGUAUCUUCGCCGUGCUGUGAAAUUGUGUCUUCCUGGCCACUAGGGAGAGUACACCAGAUGAAUAGAAUCUGAACUUCUUUUUUCUUUUUAAAUUUAUUCCUGAGGGUGUCUUUCUAAUGUCAAAAACUCAAAUCCCAAGAGAUCAAGAAGAUUUUGGAAGUGUGGGUCCUUACUAGAACAGCUGGUGCCCGUUUCUUGUUCAUGUCUCAGGAAGAAGCUGUGUAAAGAACUGCUGUGAAUCAAAGCAGACGGGUCAGUAGUGCUUCCCCAUAGAAGGCCACGGACGUUUGCCUCAAGUAUGGUGAAUGCCACUGUCAGAAGAACCCCCUUGAAAAACAACAACAACAACAACAACAAAAACUAUUAGUAGUUUCACACAAACAAAACUCUGCCCAGCAUUUUUGAAAGUAAUCUUGGUGCUCUUCGGUGCUUUGCAGAAAUGUAAACAAUUGAAAUGAAGACAAAGAAAAUAAAAAUAAAAUCGAAUUAACUUUG